AUGACAGACUCGGGCUUUCCCGAGACCUGUCCGCUCUGCAUGGACACUCUGCGGGACCCCGUCACCAUCCCGUGCGGGGACACCUACUGCCUGGAGUGCAUUAAGAUCUACUGGGACCAGUACGACCAUGUGGGAGUCUACAACUGCGCCAGUUGCCGCGCAACCUUCACCCCACGGCCUGUGCUGCGCCGCAACAUGCCCAACGUAGGCUCACCGGACCCGCGCGACCCACAACGACUCCCCGAGCUCACACCGUUCCCCUACCUUAAGCACGACUCGCUCUGCGACUUCUGCACGGGCCGGCGGAAUCGUGCGGUCAAGUCUUGCCUGGUGUGCCUGGCGUACUACUGCGAGACGCACAUCAAGCCGCACUACGAGUCGGCCACCUUCAAGCGGCACAAGCUGGUGGAUGAGACGGGCCACCUGGACCGCAAGAUCUGCCCGCAGCAUGAGAAGGGCCUGGAGCUGUUCUGCCGCUCAGACCAGAUGUGCAUCUGCGUGUUGUGUACUGUGCGCGAGCACCGCAGCCACAACAUUGUGAGCGCAGAGGAGGAGAGAACCGAGAAACAGAAAGUGUUGGUGGUUACACAGUCAGAUGUUCUUCACAUCAUUCAGGAAAGGAUAAAGGAGUUGCAGGAACUCCGCCAUAAUGUAGACGUGCUUAAGGGUAAUGCCCAUCGGGCGCAGGGGGACAGUGACAAGCUCUUUGCUGAGAUGCUGCAGUCUGUGGAGCGUUGGCAUGCAGAGGUCAGCCAGCUCAUUCAGGCCAACUUGCAUACCUCCAUGGCACAGGCCCAGGGCUACGUGGAGAGACUGGAGCAGGAGAUCAUGGAGCUGCAGAGAAGAGAUUCCGAGCUCAGGCAGAUACUGGAGACAGAGGACAACAUCCACUUUCUGCAGAACUUCCCCACACUGUCUGUUCCCCCUGAGCCCAUGGUCCCAAAAGUGCUCAUCAACCCUGAGUUCUCCUUUAGUGAGAUCACUAAGACAGUCACGGACAUGAAGGAGCAUCUGGAUGACAUCUGUAAGAAAGAGCUGGGCACCAUCUCUAAAACAGUGAGCGACACCCCAGUUUAUGUUCUUAUCCCAAGAUCUGGAGGACGUUUAAAAGCUCCAACAAGAGCAGAUUUCCAGCAGCCCAAACACAGAGCAGACUUCUUAAGAUAUUCCUCCAGUCUCACAUUUGACCAAAACACAGCCUAUAAAGAGCUGGUCUUGUCAGACAGCGGUCGCAAGGUGGUCAGGAAGAAGACAGUUCAGUUUUAUCCUGCCCAUCCAGACCGAUUUGAUGGAUUCUGUCAGAUUCUCUGCAACGAGCCACUCAGUGGCUUUCGCCACUACUGGGAGGUGGAGUGGACCGGUGAAUUCUCCAUUGGCGUCGCCUACAAGUCCAUCAGCCGCAAAGGCAAGAACUCCAACAGCCUACUCGGCUACAACGAGAAAUCCUGGAGUCUCCUGUGCUCAGACAGUGGUUAUUCAGCCUGGCAUAACAAAAUGGACAAAGACUUGCUCGAAGGUGUCCGAGCCACUCGCAUUGGUGUUUACUUGGACUACGCAGGAAACUCUGUGUCAUUUUAUGCUGUUGCAGAGUCAAUGGAGCUCAUCCACAGAUUUCAGGCAAAGUUUUCAGAAGCACUAUAUGCAGGUUUUGGGGUUGGAUCAUCUGUAAGCAUCUGCUCCCUUGAGAAGAAUACCCGUCCAUACUAAUGAAUCACUGUAGCAGAAAAUAAAAAUCACAGGGUAACAGGGCUCUAGUAAUCUCACUUCCACUUCCAACUAAUGAAAGCAUCAAAUCAUCACUGUUGUUUCUGCUGUUAACUAUUACAAGCUACAUAUUUAACUAAAUGAAGCUACACUUGAUAAAGUGUAAAGUGUAAAGGUUGGUUUUAUGAUGUAUAUAAAUAUGAUCUCAACAACAUGCAAUAAAAUAUGACUGACUGUUUGGG